UUUAAGGAGGGACACAGAUCAGACUUUCUUUGUCGUAAGCACCUGUUGGACUUAUCACAGUUUGACUCAUUGUACUCUGGUCCAACUCACUGAAGCAUCAUUCACCUUGGGAUCUUUCCUUGAUCACUAUUUUCUCCCAGCCAUGAAGCGGACGAUCACAGGAUUCCUUUUUCUGGCUCUGAUGGUUUUCCAGAUAAGUAAAGCCAGUACCUCAACAACUCAGUCUUCUUCAAAUACAACUACAUCUCUGCCUCCUUUAAACACAAGUACAACAGCCAACGUCUCAACAGGUCACCCUGAUUCAAACGCAAGUACAACAGCCAACGUAUCAACAACUCAGCCUCCUUCAAACGCAAGUACAACAGCCAGCGUCUCAACAGGUCACCCUGAUUCAAACGCAAGUACAACAGCCAAUGUAUCAACAACUCAGCCUCCUUCAAACGCAAGUACAACAGCCAGCGUCUCAACAGGUCACCCUGAUUCAAACGCAAGUACAACAGCCAACGUAUCAACAACUCAGCCUCCACCAAACGCAAGCACAACAGCCAGCAACGCAACAACUCAGCCUCCUUCAAACACAAGUACAACAGCCAGCGUCCCAACAGGCCAGCCUCCUUCAAACGCAAGCACAACAGCCGGCAACGCAACAACUCUGCCUCCUUCAAACACAAGUAUAACAGCCAGCGUCCCAACAAGUACAAAUCAAACCGGGGUCCCAACAACUCUGCCUCCAUCCAACACAACUAUGACCCAUGCGACCACAAUGACAAAUACCACAAUGAUGACAAAUGGCACCACCACAGUAACAACCCAAACUCCUCGGACGACUCCAUCAUCAGCCUACUCAGUGACAACUAGUUUUAUUAGUUUUACUCUACCAGUUCUCUUUUACAAGCUGAUGAACUGAGCAUGUUUAUUCAAACCUGGACUAAAAUCAACCCGAAAAGUUGCACUAAGAAAGAACUGUAGUGUAUAAUGUAGUAAAACAGAUAGUUUAUUUCACUUAGUAUGUAUAUUUUUUUUGUUUUAAUCACAAUGAGACUACACAUAUACUAUUGUAAGAGCUUGGACAUAAUCUUCUAUUAAUCUAAUGGCUUAUGCAUCAAUGAUUUCAAUGAACAAUCAUAAAAAGUAUCUACAUGUGCAUUUCUUUUUAAAUCUUAUUUUUGAGUUUAAGUUAUUCUUUUUAAAAUGUUCAACUGGAUGGUGAAGGGAAGGCAGGCAAGUGGUGACCAACACUGAAACUUAUUUUAUACUUUUUAACACGUCUCUCUCAGGUUUGUAUCUCAUAAAAUUGGGUGAAGAGACUGUGAAGAGAUAGCUAAAGUAUAAGAUUU